AUGUCUUUCGAUAUUUCCUGGGAGAAAUUAGACCAACAAGUCGCGCAAAACGUGCAAGACCUGUUAAACAAUCACUUUCGAAACACCAACAACAAGCCUUCUUUCAUGGGUGACAUUGAAAUUUCAGAAUUUGAUUUUGGAACAAUGCCGCCAGCAAUUGAAAUUAUUGACGUGACAGAACCGUUUCCCGAGUUUUACUUACCUGACGAAGAGGUUGAAGAAGCGCGUUCGGAAACAGAUUUAUUGGGCAAUGAAGAAGCAGAGCAACACUUCAGUGAACUCUACCACCGAACGGAAGAAGAGGAAGAUAUUGUGCUUAAAAAAGAUACUGAUGCGCAAGUUCACAUUUCAUUGUCUUAUCAGGGAAAUAUACGAAUGACCGUGUCAACUGAGCUACGAAUGAAUUAUCCUAAUAUGAUGUUCAUGAGUUUGCCGAUACGGCUGACGGUGACUGGGUUUAACUUUUCUGGUGAUCUUUCUUUUCAUGAUUAUUAUUAUGGCGAAAGUUAUUUCAUCGUUCACUAUCCUUGCACAACAAAAGGCAACAAGUUAGAAAGUGAAAAUGUUAAAUUCAGUCAACAAUACAAUAACAGCUAUAGCCUGCCUUAUUGA